AUGCCCGCAGAGAGAAAUUUACGCAUUGGCAAUUGCAGUGGUGCAACAGGAGAUGCCCCUCAUGCGAUGGCUCGCAUGGUGCGAGAAGCAGACGUCGACGUUAUCACUGGUGACUGGCUGUCUGAGAUGAACAUAGCCUGGGAAUCAAUCAGGAAAGCCGAAGACCCAGAACUUGGCUACGACGUGGGAUUUCUCAGACAACUCACCGAAUGCAUCGAUGACAUUGCGGAGAAGAAGAUCAAAAUUGUCACUAAUGCCGGAGCGAUGAAUGCUCCAGUACUAGCCCGCAAAGUUGACGAGCUGUGUAAAACUCGUGGUCAUGAUUUAGUUGUUGCUACCAUACUCGGAGACGACGUCAGUCAUCUUCUGAAGAAAAGAAAACAUGGUCAUCGAGUGCUUGGAUUCCCCCAUCUGGAUCAUGAAGAACAGCUCUUGGAGGACUGGGACUCAGACCUUGAGCCUACGUGUGCUGCUGCAUAUAUAGGUGCUUGGGGUAUCGUUGCAGCACUCAAAGAGGGCGCCGAUAUCGUCAUCUGCGGUCGUGUCACAGAUGCGUCUCCAGUCAUUGGCGCUGCUGCUUGGUGGUACGGCUGGUCCGAGCAAGCCUAUGACCAACUUGCCGGGGCUCUGAUAGCAGGUCAUCUCAUCGAAUGCGGACCAUAUGCGACAGGAGCGAAUUUUUCUGGCUUCAAGGAAUUUCUGCCAGAGCUUGUAGAUCUGGCAUUCCCAGUCGCUGAGAUCAUGCCCUCUGGAGCUUGCUAUAUCACCAAACCAGAAUCCAUGAAUGGAGUGAUCAACAAAUUCAACAUAACCUCUCAACUGCUGUAUGAGCUCCAAGGACAGAAUUAUCUCAACCCCGAUGUCGUUGCAGACAUCGCCAGCAUUCACAUCGAGGACGCCAAUCGUGAAAAUUGUGUCUUGGUAUCAGGUUGCAAAGGCUCUCCCCCACCUCCGACCACAAAAGUGAUGAUUGCAGCACCCGGAGGCUGGCAAGCAGAAACAACAUACUACAUCAACGGUCUCGACGUCUACGCAAAAGCACAAAUGAUGCAACAGCAACUCGAAAAUAUCUUCAGCGGCAGCAAGUUCUCAAAGUUUUCUGCAGAAUUGUACGGUACUCAAGUCGACAAUCCAUCUUCGCAACAAGCUGGUACAGUCAUGUUGCGAGUGUUUGCUCAGGCGCGAAACAAGGAAGAUAUUGCAGCGGAGAAGUUCAAGAUACCGCUGUAUUCGCUACGCAUGCAGAGUUAUCCCGGCUAUCACAUGAAUCUGGACUUCCGCACCAUGGACCCAAAACAGUUCUAUGAGAUUUUCCCAGCAACGAUCCCACAAGCAGCUAUCAAUCACGAAGCUGUGGUAGAUAAGAAGAGAAUCUCCAUCGCCCCACCGAGAAAGACACAGCACUAUCCCGUGCAGAGGCCUUCUGCGGAAACGUCACAUCCCGUCGAUCUAGCCACCUUUGGACCCACUGAGCGUAGACCACUGGGCAGUAUCGUACACGCGCGCUCCGGCGACAAGGCAAACAAUUCCAAUGUCGGCUUCUUCGUCCGUCAUGCCGAUGAGUACCCUUGGCUACAAUCCUUGCUCACUGCAGAGAAGUUGAAGGAACUGCUACAGGAUGAUUAUGCUGGACACGAGAUUGAGCGGUGCGAGUUUCCGAAUAUUCUUGCAGUACACUUCCGCAUCAUGGACUUCCUCGAUGGAGGUAUUGCGUCGAGUGCUCGUAUAGAUGGGUUGGGUAAAGGAGUGGGUGAGUAUUUGCGUUGCAAGCAUGUGGAUGUUCCAACUAUGUUCUUGCAGAGAGGUACGAUAUGA